CACAGACAGGGAACUCCGCGCUCGCUGCUCCUGACGCCCUCAACUCGGAUUGAGAGACGGGGAGCAGCAUGUUCCGCUGGCUGAAGCUCGCUCUGUUGCUGGUGCUGUUCGAUGCUUUCUGGGGCCUCCAUGACUGGAUCGUGGCCUCCCGGGAGCUCGUGACACACGUGGGCGAUUCUGUGCUCCUGGGCUGCUUUAUCCAGAACUCAGAAGAGAAACCUGUGGUCAAGGUGGACUGGAUCCUGUCCUCGGAACAGCACACCCAGGAGGAGUACGUGCUGUUCUAUUACUCCAACCUCAGCGUGCCCACGGGCCGCUUCCAGCAUCGAGCGAAGCUGGUGGGGAACAUCUCAGGCGGGGACGGCUCGCUCCUGCUCCAGAAUGUGCAAGAGGCCGACCAGGGGACCUUCACCUGUGAGAUCCGCGUGGCCAAGGAGAGCCAGGUGUGGAAGAAGGCCGUGCGGCUGCGGGUCCUGCCCGCCGAGCCCAGAGAGCUCACGGUGCAGGUGGGGGGCUCGACCCAGAUGGGGUGCGCCUUCCAGAGUACAGAGGAGAGCCCCUUAACUGAGGUGGAGUGGAGUUUCUCGUCAGGAGAGCAGGCCCAGGAGGAGGUGGUGCUCCCCGGCACCCCUGGGAGACAGCCCCAGGACCGGAGUCGCUUCCAGAACCGCGUGAGCCUGGCGGGGGCCGCAUCCAACCCCGAGGGCGCCAUCACACUGCACGGGGUGAGGGAGUCUGAUGGAGGAAGCUACACGUGCAGCGUGCACCUGGGGGGCCAGGUGCUGAGGAAGACCAGCGUGCUGCACGUGGCCCUGCCGGGAGCCAGGACACUGGUGACCGCCGUCAUGCCAAGGCCCGAGGCCCUGGGCGGAAACCAUCUGGUGAUGCUGGUGGGGAUCGUCUGUGCCACCAUCCUGCUGCUCCCCGUGCUCCUCCUGCUCGUGGUGAGACGGUGCCGAUGCCAGGACCACAGCAUGGCAGCUUCUACUAAAAGCCUGGAGAACACGAAGAAGGCUCUGCCAGAGAAGCAUGUGUAUGCGGCCAUUGUCACCCCGCCGGUGGUCAGGGAGGAAGAGCCUAGCAGGAAGUUGGAGGCCGAGUACAUGACCAUGCGCUCAGUCUGGCCUCAGAGGCCAGUGGAGCCGCCUCACAGCCCUGCCGGGGGCCUGCCCAGAGACAAAUUGGUACACUGAGGAGACACAGGCGACGUUGGCUGGACAGAGCUGCCACACCUCUCACCCUGUCCUGCCACUGCUGGCGCCACAGUGCUCUGCUCUGUGGCGGGCCCUGAAGCCAGGAGAAGCAACAGCUGGAGCAACAGACCCUGCAGGGGGCCAUUCAGGAAGGGACUGCUGGCCUGAAGCAGGGGGACCCCUCAGGGCCUCCCCCCACCCCACCAGAGCAGCCCCUCUGUGGGGACCCUGCGCUUUGUGGAGUGACUGGGAAGCAGUGCGGGAAUUAAUGAAGUGAUUCUG